AUGGAUCCUUCACAGAGGAAUCUCUACAAAGAUGUGAUGGUGGAGACCUAUAUGAACCUCACAGCUAUAGGUUACAAUUGGGAAGAUCUUGAAGUUGAAGAACAUUGUCAAAGUUCUCUAAAACUUAGAAGAAAUGAAGAAACACAUACUGGAGAGAAAUCCUAUGAAUAUAAUCAAUGUAGUAAAACCUUUUCACAACACAGUCAUCUUCAAAGGCAUGAAACUACACAUAUGGUUAAAAAACCUUAUAGAUGUAAUCAAUGUGGCAAAACCUUUGCUCAGUGGAAAGUUCUUCAGUUGAAUAGAAGAACACAUACAGGUGAGAAACAUGAAUAUAUGAAUUAUGAAUAUAAUCAAUGUGGUAAAGCCUUUGCACAGCCCAGUAAUCAUCAAGAACAUAAAAGAACACAUACUGGAGAAAAACUCUAUGAAAGUAAUCAGUGUGAUAAAGCCUUUGCUCGACACAUUACUCUUCAAUUGGAUGAAAGAACACAUACUGGAGAGAAACACUAUGAAUGUAAAGAAUGUAGUAAAGCCUUUGAACAGCUCAGUCAUCUUCAAGAACAUAAAAGAGCACAUACUGGAGAGAAACCCUAUGAAUGUAAUCAGUGUGGUAAAGCCUUUGCUCAUAACAGUGCCCUUCAAUUGCAUGAAAGAACACAUACUAGAGAGAAACCCUAUAAAUGUAAUCAGUGUGGCAGAACUUUUGCUCAACACAUUACUCUUCAAAGGCAUGAAAGAACACAUACUGGAGAGAAACCCUAUGAAUGUAUUCAGUGCGGUAAAGCCUUUGCACGGCCCAGUCAUCUUCAAGUACAUAAAAGAACACAUACUGGAGAGAAACCCUAUGAAUGUAAUCAGUGUGGUAAAGUCUUUGCACAGCUCAGUCAUCUUCAUGGACAUAAAAGAACACAUACUGGAGAGAAACCCUAUGUAUGUAUUCAGUGUGGUAAAGCCUUUGUAUGGCCCAGUCAUCUUAAAGUACAUAAAAGAACACAUACUGGAGAGAAACCCUAUGAAUGUAAUCAGUGUGGUAAAGCCUUUGCACAGCUCAGUCAUCUUCAAGUACAUAAAAGAACACAUACUGGAGAGAAACCCUAUCAAUGUAUUCAGUGUGGUAAAGCCUUUGCAUGGCCCAGUCGUCUUCAAGUACAUAAAAGAAUACAUACUGGAGAGAAACCCUAUCAAUGUAAUCAAUGUGGUAAAGCCUUUGCACAGCACAAUAAUCUUCAUAGUCAUAAAAGAACACAUACUGAAGAAAAACGCUAUGAAUGUAAUCAGUGUUGUAAAGCCUUUGCUUAUCAUUCUCAUCUUCAAAGACAUAAAAGAACACAUACUGGAGAGAAACCCUAA